AUGGCCCUUCCAGACUGCGCGGCGGCAUGUAUCGGCACGGCCCUGGCUGGCGCCACCAGAAACUUCACCGCGACCUCAUGCGGCGAGCCCGUGCGGGAUCGGACCAAAGAACUCGCCACGAUCACCAUCGCGCUGGCAGUUCUGGUCUUGGUCUUCGUGGCUGCUCGACUCGGAUAUAAACUCUUCGCGAGAAUAUCUUUUGGUCUUGACGACUGGUUCAUCAUUGCCUCGGUUGUCGCGACGACGCCCAGCAUCUUCGUCAACGUAUUCGGAACAACGGCCAACGGGUUGGGCCGGGACAUCUGGACACUAUCACACGACGACAUCACAGACACUCUCAAGUUCUUCUGGGCCGUGUGCGUCUUGUAUUUCCUGGAAACGGCCCUGACGAAGCUUUCCAUCAUCUGCUUCUAUAUCCACAUAUUUCCUUCAGCAAAAGUUCGCCGCGUCCUAUGGAUAACGUUCGGUGUGACGGUCGCCUGGGGAGUCGCAUUUGUCGUCUGCGGCAUCUUUCAAUGUCGGCCCAUCAGCUUUUUCUGGACUCAUUGGGAUGGACUACAUGAGGGCCAUUGCGUUGAGCCUAACGCCAUCGCCUGGUCCAACGCCAUAACGAAUAUAGCCUUUGACCUCUGGAUCCUCGCCAUCCCGCUCUCGCAGCUCCGGGGUCUGCAACUACACUGGAAAAAGAAGGCGGGCGUCGCUAUUAUGUUCUGCCUAGGAACAUUUGUCACGGUUGUGAGCAUCCUGCGACUGCAAGCGCUCGUAUACUUUGCGUCGACAACGAAUAUCACGUGGAACUUUUACGAUACGUCCCGGUGGUCGACGGUGGAAAUCUGCCUGGGCAUCUGGGUUACUCUCAUGGACGGGCUUGACGCUCUCCGCCUGGAAGAAGUGCCCGAGCCGGUUGAGCUCCGCGAGGGAGAAGUGCUGGUCAAGAUCAGCCACGUCUCGCUCAAUUACCGCGACAUCAAACUCAUCUCGGGGGACUUCCGAGGCCGAUACGCCACGCCGCCGAGUCCCAUCGUCCCAUGCUCCGACGCCAGCGGCACCGUGGUCCGCACGGGCGGUGGAGGCUCCGCUGGGCCCUGGAAGGCCGGCGACCGGGUCAUCAGCCUGGUGCGGCCGACGCACCGCACGGGGCCCACGCGCGCCGAGCACAUCGCCUCCGGACUCGGCGUCCCGCAGCCGGGCGUGCUGGCCGAGUACCGCGUCUUUCCCGCGUCCGGGCUCGUCGCGGCGCCACCGUAUCUCGAUCUCGAGGAGGCUUGCACGCUACCGCUCGCGCCGCUCACGGCGUGGAUGGCGCUGAACUGGGACAGACCCGUGGGCGAGCCGCGGGAGGGCCGCAAGUGGACAGUGGUGAUGCAGGGGACCGGGGGUGUGUCAGUGGCGGCGCUGGAGCAGGCGCGUGCAUUGGAUCUGACGAGCAUCGUGACCUCAUCGUCGGACGAGAAGCUCGCGCGCGCAAAGGUCCUUGGCGCCACGCACACCAUCAACUACGAGACCACGCCAGACUGGGCCACCGAGGUGCUGCGCCUCACAGGCGGACAGGGCGCGGACGUGAUCGUCGAGACGGGUGGACCGGGUACCAUGGAGCAGAGCCUGCGAGCCGUGGCCGAGGGCGGCAACAUCAGCGCGGUGGGCAUCUUGACGGGGAGCACGAGCACCGCCGCCGCCGGCGAAGACGGUCAGACGCCGUCCGUGGGACUACAGCUGAUCAACCGCAACGCGACGCUCAAGGGCAUCAACAUUGGGCCUAGUGACCGGAUGAAGGAGAUGCUGCAAACUUUAUGA